UAUUGUUUCCAGUAGAGAGAAGGUUCAUUUUCUCUUUUAUCGGAAAUGUUGGAUGUUAGUGCUCAGAAUUAUAUGUUGGUGCAACAGGCUUCAAUCUUUCUUUCUUGUUUUUUUCUCCCAUAUACGCAUGCCUUUUGGUGAUAUUAUACAAGGAUUAUAAGAGCUGUGAUAAUUUGUUCACCUGCUAAUACUAGGUAUGAGUCAGAUAUAAUGCGUUUCAUUUUAUUUUUGACCCAUUGAAGGCUAUUUAUCAACAUUGAUGCUAAAAGUUUUUCCUGACUUGGUUCAGAGAGGAAGAGGCACUGAAGCUGAAGCUGAAUUUGAGAAACUCUUAGGAGCAGCACAUGUUAAAUUUGCAAUAGCAGAAUUGUCAAAGUCUGACAGAGGGGAUGAACUUGAGGCAGUAAAGUUCUCACAGCUACUGUAUGGCCGACAUUUCAAAAUGGUUUUCAUUGGGUCUACCAUUUUUGCUUUACAACAGCUAUCAGGCAUAAAUGCUGUAUUCUAUUUUUCUUCGACUGUCUCUAAAAGCUUUGGGGCGCCUUCAGAUCUGGCAAACAUAUGUGUUGGGAUUGCGAAUCUAUCUGGGUCAUGUUGUUGCAAUGAUCUUGAAGGAUAUGCUUGGAAGAAAGGUGCUUCUUCUUGGAAGUUUUUCUGGCAUGGUUUGUCUUGAUGAUUUCUCUUGGAGCUGGUCCAGUGCCCAGUCUCCUCCUAUCAGAAAUUCUUCCUGGGCGUAUCAGGGCGAAGGCAAAGUCAGUUUUGCAUGGCUGUCCAUUGGGUGAUCAAUUUGUUUGUUGGUCUGUUGUUUUUAUCCUCGCUGUAGCAAAUUGGGCCAAUAGUUCUUUAUACAAUCUUUUGCUACGUUUUUGUUCAUUGGCCCAUUAACUAUAGAAAUUAUAAUGUGUUAAUUUUGGUCCGAACAAUUUUUAUUUGUGGUUAGGUUUCAAGAAAUUUCACGAGCUGUAAUUACAACCCAUUUAAUUUUGUUAUUAUUACAUUAAUUGGUUUUUACUGUAGCGUAGGACACUUUAUGUCCGAAGUGAUUUACUGAAGCUUUGGACACAAAUCUGUCCAAAGUGACGUACUGUAGCGUGGGGCACUGUAGCAUCGGACCCUUUUGUCCGAAGUGAUGGUUGACCAUGCGCUAGUCAAUGUUCGAGACUGGCUUCUGUCCCAAGGGCCUAGCCGCGGAAGCAUCAAUUGGUUCUUUUUAGACAUUGAAAUAGCUCUAGGGGUGGUUGGGUCUCAGUUAAUUAAGCAAAAAAUUGGCCCAUUAACUGUAGAAAUUAACCUAGUGUUAAUUUCGGUCAGAAGAAUUUUCAUUUGUGGUUAGGUUUCAAGAAAUUUCACAAUGUCGUUAUCAUUUCAUAUCUAGUCUUUGAGCCAAAGAAUUUGUGCAGCAGCAUUUCAGUUUUGGACUAUAAACAUUUGAUAACAAAGAGAAUCAUGUAAUAUGUAAGGAUUGGAGAUUCACCACAUAUCUAUCAAUCAAUCUUGGCAUAGAUACUGGACGCAUUUUCUCACAUUGCUCAAAUAAAAGACCACAAGCUAUGAGAAUG